AUGGCCUCGUCAGUUGUAAAUUUGUACGCAGAGUGCCGCAAUCACUCACACUGCUGUCCAGUCUACGCAGUCCGAAAAGCGGUGGAACGGCAUGGGUAUGAGGAGGAGGAGGAGGAGGAGGGCAAUUAUUUGCUCCUCCAGGUUAUCGCAUCCCAGGGAUCUUCGCAACCCAACAACAGUCUAAGCUUUUUACCACGCUACUGGCGCCAGGCUAAAUCCGGGGGCGGGCGCGAAGCUGGGGUGGGGGGGGCGCAGGUGAGUGACUACUCUGUCCUCCUCCUCCUCCUCCUUCAUUUCUACAACAUUCACCCCUGUCGUCGAAUACCACGGCUGCCAGAUUGCGUUCACCCUUAA